UUAUAAGAUAUCACUCCAUCAAUUUCGCCACUCCGAAAAUUACAGAGAACCUCAACCACCGCUGUCGGCGGUGAUACCACAUUUGCCGGCUAAGUUUGCGGGCAGAGUGCUGGUUGACUUAUUAGUUCAAAUCUUGAUCUUAGGUCUUCAAAUCUUGCAAAUUAAAGAUGUCUGCCAAACAGAACGGCACCAUCGCUGCAACUCCGACGGCGGCGAGGGCCGCUGACCCACUCAAACAACCACCCCGCCCUUACAUCCCCCAGAGGAUUCACGACGUCCGACAUAACCGGCGGCGGUGCAGCUGCCGCAGAUGUUUCUGCCUCGGGUGCUUCUGGGCAGUCCUCAUCAUCUGUAUCCUCUUACUCCUAGCCGCCAUCGCCGGAGCCGCGUUCUACGUCCUCUUCCGUCCGCAGCGCCCGGAAUUCUCCGUCUCUUCCCUCAAGAUCUCGCAAUUCAACCUGACUACGGCCUCGGACGACACGACGCGCCUCACCGCCAAGCUGAACCUCACAAUCUCCGCCCGAAAUCCCAACAAGAAAAUGGUCUACACCUACGACCGGAUCUCCCUGACGGCGAUCGCCAGUGGGAUCGCCAUCGGGAACGGGUCGUUCCCGGGAUUCACUAGCAACCCGAGUAACAUCAGCGUAAUCCACUCGACGCUGUGGUCGAUGUCGCAGGCGGUGCUGGAUUCAGAUUCAGUGUCGGAAUUGAAGUCAGAUCUGAAGAAGAAGAAGGGGGGAAUGGCGAUCAAGAUCUUGAUGGACACGAUGGUGGCGGUGAAGCAGGACAAAGUGAAGAGCAGGAAAGUGGGGAUCAGAGUGACAUGCGAAGGAAUCCACAGCCAAACCCCUAAAGGCGGCGGGAAGAAGAAGACCCCGGCCGUGGCAACAACCUCUGGUGCAAGCUGUAAGGUGGAUCUCAGAAUCAAGAUCUGGAAAUGGACUUUCUAAUUUUGGAUUUGUUUUCUCAAUUUGCUUUUUUAUUUAUUUACUCCGUAAUUAAUUACAUACGCUUUUUUUCCUUCGGAAAUUGGCUGGAGAAGAGAAACCGGAUUUAGAAAGAAAUCUGGGGGCUGGGAGCCUUUACUUUGUUGUUUUUGUUUUGUUAUCGAUGUCACAGUGUGUGGUACAGCUCAUUUUUUCCUCUCGUUACUUUUUUUAAUCCAAAUUUCUCGCUCAACCAACUGUGCGGGUCCUUCCAUUACUUUCACAUAGGGUGGAUUAGGUUCGGGCCACCCGGCCCGGCCCGCUACUGUGCAGGCCCGGGACCGGCCCUGCAGUUUUACAAUCAUUACUUAAUUAACCAGAUUGCAUUAUUAUGAAACUUUAAUUUAAUUCAGUGAUUUUCAUGCGGUUAGUGAGUCUAUUUUCUAGCUCAAUAUUUCUUUAAACAACUAUUUUUUGAACGGUAAACAAACACAUUAAUUCAUCACUAAUACAGUAUUUCUUUUUUCAGUCCCCAUCUUUAGCAACUACCAAAAUAUUGAACGAUAUGGAUCUUUUCUUGUUAAGUUUUUUGGCUUCUGCUUUCAUUUAUCACUGUUGAAGUUUAGUCCCGCAGAUCUUAAAG